GAGACAACCGGUGCAAUUUGGGAAGGAUGGGAAGAAAGAAAGUAGGGUGACUUGAGAGAUGACAUCAUUCCUCAUUUGAAUAAAUCUCAGCCGGGGUAGUGAUUGGUUGUGAGCUGGAGAAAGUCGAGUUACUUGGCUAUUCAUCCCUUUCAAUUUCACCCCCGCGCGCAAUGCCGUGGUAAAACCCUCUCCGCCUGUCCAUCGGUCCCGGCCAGUAGAGAUUGUCUGCGUGGACUGCAAAUCGCUUUUCCUUUCUUUGGAAGGGACGUGCAUCACUUCUGAAAUCGGCGGUCGACAGAAGUUUCUUGGUAAUCUGGUUGCUGUACUUUGGCCUGUUUUUAAUCUCGUUCGGUUUCAUUUUCCAAUUUGUUACACUCUGUAUUCGAGGAUUCUGAAAGGAGUCGGAGGAUAUUGUCAAACACUGGGCUGGGCGUAGCUGGAGAUCAAGCUAUAGCUAACAACACUGCGUUGAUCAGACUCCACCAUCACCUGAGAGCAGUCACCAUCUUCAGUCUCAAGCUCUCCAGCCCUCCUCUGCAGAGACGGACAGCCAGGACUGAGGGGAGAUGAAACCGGAUGGGGUUGCCACGGCAGCGAUGGAGCCAAUGGAAGCACUGGACGCCGAUCCGGUAAACGAGCCAGUUGUGAUGGGAGAGGAGCCUAACCAGGCUGCGCCGGCACCUCAGACGGAGGGAGUUGGCCAGCAGGGAGAGAUGGGGCAGGGCGAGCCUCAUCCAGAGCCAGCCCAGGUGGCCCCCACCAAGACGGGAAACAGCAAGGCUGCAGCAGACCCAAAAGCCAAGACCAAGGCUCCCGCUGCUAAGACAAAGCCUGGGACCACCACCACAAUUAAGACCGCGGCCGGACCAGGGUCUCGACCCAACACCGCUCAGAGCCGAUUGACCAAUGGGGUUUCCAAGCCACAUGCCAACGGAGUGGCCAAGAAGACCACCACUGGAGCCCCAGAGAAGACCACGCCCAAGAGGCCCGUAGGCACAGCCGUUGCCCCUACCACUAAGACCACCGCCAAGGUUGGUGAGAAGAAGCCAGCGGGCACCACCCGCCCUGCCUCGGCUCCUGCUGCCACCAACGGGGUGAAGGCCACCACAGGAACAGCAGCAAAGAAGACACCUGCCGCGCCAACUAAUGGUGUCAAAGCCACCACCACCGCUGCUAAGAAGCCCACAGCUCCCCGGCCUGUCUCUGCAGCUACCACCAAGCCCAGCACUGCCGCCGCUCCCAAGCCUGAUAGGCCUCCUGUUUCCAAGACAACCAGGCCUGCCACUGGUGCUCCAGGAUCUCGCCCUGCCUCUGUUGCAGCCAGGCCAGCCACAGCCAGCACAGCCAAGAGCUCCACAUCCACAGCCAAGCCUGGCACCCCCACGGCUAAAACCACCUCCACCACUCCCAGACCAGCCUCUGCCAAAGCCGUCUCUACAACACCCUCAGCUGGACGGACCCCGACAUCACAGCCCUCAAAAACUCCCAUCAAGAAAGAUGUUACCAAAUCAGCCACCAAGAAGCCUGCAGCGGCUCCUCUCACUCGUACCUCACCAGCCAAGACCACCAAACCUGAGACUCCCAAAUCAGCCUCCGCAUCCAAGCCGGACUCCACCCCCAUGAAGCCGGCUGCCAGCAGCAAGGCCGCAGACACCAAGAAGACGCCAAGCAAGCCUACGCCUUCAAAGGAUGUCAGUGCUGGCCCCAAGACCCCUAGUACCAAGCCAGCAGGGAAGGCUUCCACCCCUAAGAAGACUGUGGGCAGCAACACCCCCAUGGCAGUAAAGCGUGGCCCCAAACCCACAAUGGCGGCAGAGCCCGCGACUGAAACUGGUGAGACCCAGGACGCCGCUGUUGCUGCUGCCAUAGCUGCAGCUUCCUUGGCUGCUGUAGUCUCCAUGGCAACCUCAGAAGAAGCAGUGGUGGCUGCAGUCCCAGAGGAGAAGGAGACGGUGCCCCCUCAGGCCAGCCAGCCAAAGGAGGCCCCAGAGGCCUUUAUCUCUCAGCUGUCAGCUCAGCUGGACCUGGUCCACCUGGAAGAGCCAGCAGACACAGUGUCUCUCCUGGGCACCACGGUCAUGUCUCCGCCAUGCUCCCCCACCGGGCCCAUGUCCCCGGUCAGGGAGCCCCAGAAUGCCUCUGCUCUGCUGGACAUGCACGUCCAGCCAGAACCCAGGUCCCAGAGCCAGUCUGCCAUGGCUCCACAGAGUCCAGUCCAGGAGGAGGUGAUUUUCCAGCCAGACUCCUGGGCCCAGAACCAGUCUGCCAUGUCUCCACAGAGCCCGGUCCAGGAGGAGGUGAAGGUCCAGCCAGACUCCUGGGCCCAGAACCAGUCUGCCAUGUCUCCACAGAGCCCGGUCCAGGAGGAGGUGAAAGUCCAGCCAGACACCUGGGCCCAGAACCAGUCUGCCAUGUCUCCACAGAGCCCUGUCCAGGAGGAGGUGAAGGUCCAGCCAGACUCCUGGGCCCAGAACCAGUCUGCCAUGUCUCCACAGAGCCCGGUCCAGGAGGAGGUGAAGGUCCAGCCAGACUCCUGGGCCCAGAACCAGUCUGCCAUGUCUCCACAGAGCCCGGUCCAGGAGGAGGUGAAGGUCCAGCCAGACUCCUGGGCCCAGAACCAGUCUGCCAUGUCUCCACAGAGCCCUGUCCUGGAGGAGGUGAAGGUCCAGCCAGAUGAGCAGCAGGAGGACCUCCUCAUACCCUCCUCUUCAGCCCCUCCUGAGUUCAGCAUGAUGUCUCAGCCCAUGGAUGAGUUCACCUCAGGGGUCCUGGUCUCUCCCUCUCAGGACCAGGAGGAGGCAGUGGAGAAGGCAGAUGAGGAGAUCAACGAAGAUGAUGACAAUGAUGACAAUGAGGAAGAAGAGAGGACGGUGGGCAAGCCGACAUCACUAUUUGACAUGAGUAGCUCUCAGCCCUCUGAGGAGGCAAAGCCUGUAGGCUUUGGUGGUGUCACCAGUUGGCAUGGGGAUGACUUCUUGUCAGGGAUGGACUCUGAGGAUGUGAGCAGUAUGAGCAGCCGCCUGCAGGGGUCGUCAGAGAUUAGCAGCACCCAGCAAACGGGCCUGCUGCAGGGUACCCAGAGCUCCGACGCCCUGGUAGACUCCAGCCUCAAGGGCUCCGAGGGAGAAGGGACCUUCAUGUGCUCCCUCGAUGUGGAGACCCUGGCCAACGAGGAGGAAGAUGAGGAAGAGGAUAGUAAAGUGUGCAAGCCGACAUCACUAUUUGACAUGAGUAGCUCUCAGCCCUCUGAGGAGGCAAAGCCUGCAGGCUUUGGUGGUGCCACCAGUUGGCAUGGGGAUGACCUCUUGUCAGGGAUGGACUCUGAGGAUGUGAGCAGUAUGAGCAGCCGCCUGCAGGGGUCGUCGGAGAUUAGCAGCACCCAGCACACAGGCCUGCUGCAGGGUACCCAGAGCUCCGACGCCCUGGUAGACUCCAGCCUCAAGGGCUCCAAAGGAGAAGGGACCUUCAUGUGCUCCCUCGAUGUGGAGACCCUGGCCAUCGAGGAGGAGGAAGAUGAAGAUGAGGAAGAGGAUAGGAAAGUGUGCAAGCCGACAUCACUGUUUGACAUGAGUAGCUCUCAGCCCUCUGAGGAGGCAAAGCCUGCAGGCUUCGGUGGUGCCACCAGUUGGCAUGGGGAUGACCUCUUGUCAGGGAUGGACUCUGAGGAUGUGAGCAGUAUGAGCAGCCGCCUGCAGGGGUCGUCAGAGAUGAGCAGCACCCAGCACACGGGCCUGCUGCAGGGUACCCAGAGCUCCGACGCCCUGGUAGACUCCAGCCUCAAGGGCUCAGAGGGAGAAGGAGCCUUCAUGUGCUCCCCCGAUGUGGAGACCCUGGCCAUCGAGGAGGAGCGAGUUGAUGUUGAUGAUAUGGACUUGAGCUCAGAGCGGGCAGUGGACCACCGGAAGGUGUGUCAGCAGAAGGAUGAGGAGGAGGAGGAUGAUGAAGAUGUGGAAAUGCCCAGCGAAGGGGUGACGGAGAGUGGACUGGAGAGCUGUGGGAACGCAGAUGAGGACGACUACACAGAGGAGGACCGCUUGGAUAACCUUAGCCGUUCACCCAUCCCACCUUCCUCAGCCUGGGGUCAGACAAACCCCUUCACUGACCCCUGGGCCCAGCCCCACCUCUCCUCCCCCCACACCGCCUCCAGCCCCCUGUCUGACCACGGGGCUGACGGCCCUGAGACGCCCACCCAGUCCUCUGCCCAGGCCUGGUUGGAUCUCAGCGCCCCCUCUCUGAUGCUCCAGUCAGAGCAGCCCUCAGAGCCUCAGUCUGCCCCUGAGGAGAUGGAGAGCUCUGCCCCAGUGGAGGCCUCUGCUCCCCCAGGGCCCCAUGCUGUGGGCAUGUCUCAGUCCAGCACCCUGAGUGGCACGGCCCUGGCCGUCCACAGCAGCAGUGAAACCAGCACUCCCGAGGAGCUCCGUGACUAUGACAGCAGCUCUGGGGUGGAGUCACGCUCUGACAAGCAGCAGACUCCCGUGCCAUCCAAUGUGCAACCUGACCUGGAGCAGGACUUGGGCAUCCAUCUGGAGCGAGGUGACGAGGAGGAGGAGGCUGAGACGCUCCCUGCUGACGAGGUCCUGGGUGCAGGCCCUCCUACUGCCCCCGCCUCUGCCCCCUCCUCCCCCUCCACCUCGGGAGACGAGGCCAGCGACAUGGAGGGUGAGAUGCAGAUCAACGACCCAGAUGUCCCCGUCACCAUGGAUGACCGUGCUGAGUUCGACAGCCCACCGUCUGCCUGUAUCCUGCCUGCCCUAAAAGAGGAGCUGGUGGAGGUGCCGGCCGGAGAAGGAGAGGAGGACGGGGGUGGCGGCACGCCCCAGUCUGCCAACUCAGUGGCGUCUUACGGCUUUGACUGCACCAUGUCCAACUCCAACGCCCACUCCACUGCCGAGAGCUGCGGUAAGAGUCCCGGCAUCUUCUCCCUGGAGAACGAGGACCAGUUGCCCGAGGAGGCCAAGGACCCCUCCCUCAUCAAGGAGCUGACCCUGCCUGCAGCGGCCGCCCAAUCAGUGGAGCUGCUGGGAGGCCCUGUAGACCUGCUGCCCCUGGGCCAGCCUGGGGACCAGCACCACUACAUGCUGGGGGGGAAGAUUGAUGCUGACGACCUGGAGGUCAACACCCUGGAGGACACCCUCCGCCUGGGGCCCCAGCAUGCCGGGGAGGCCAGCGAGGGCCAGCCACCCUACUACUCUGCUAUAUGCGAUAAGACUGAUAGCUUUCUGGCAGGUAACGUAUAAGUCCCUACCCCUGGAAUGCACCUUCUCCCUCGCACCCCUCCCCCCCCUGUUCUUAGUUUUUCUCUCCAGGUGGGUUAGAGAUGGUUUAGAAAAACAAGCAAAUGAUGGUAGGAAACAAAAGGCAAGGGGAAAGAAAAAGACUGUAGAUCAGUGAAGCCUCCCUCUUUCAUACUACUAUUAUGGUUAUGAAUGUAUGGCACUACUGUAUGUACAAUAGCUACUAGCUACCAUUUUCUAUUAGAAUGUUCUUUUUAAGUAACACUGCGUAACCCCUGAGGGGGUAUUGACUGACUGGUCCGUUGGGACAAAGCUCUUAAAAGAAAAGGAGGAGUAAAAGGAGAAUGGACUCUACCUACAUGUGUAUUUAUCCUACUGUUUUUACCAAACAAAUGUCAAUUAUUAUGUUUUUGUACUUGUUUAGUUGGAACCUGGUCCGCCCUCCCCUAUGUACACGCUCCAUUUGAUCCUGCACCGUAGAGAUAUCCUACUCUCUUUUUUUACAAGUUUGUCGUUUUGCUUUCAACACCAUUUUCGUAUCUAAUAAAGGCUAGAUAUUUAACAUGGCUUUCCUCCCCUUACAGUUUUCUUAAGGUCGGUAUGAGAGUGUUCGAUUUGAAGUUUGUCUAGUUUUAAUUUUCCCUGCAGGAAGUUUGCCUCUCCCUGCAUAGAUUAUCGUGGCAAGUAACGUUGUCAUGUACAGUGUGUUUUGGGCAUCUGUUUUAAGUGGUCAUGCUUCAUGCCUCUCUUAGUUGAUCAUUUGUGCUUCAGAACCAACUAACAACUAUUUGUGGGGAAAAAACCUGCAUUCCUCUGCAUUUAGAAUUGACGCUCACUGAAAACGCUUUUCUCACUGAAACGCUUUUAGUGAUAUUGGAUAUUUCAACUUGCAUGUACUAACAUUGAAAUUGUAUCUGAUUAAACCAUUAUACACUAGGGAUGUUCAUAAAUGAAUGGUUCAUGCUAAGUAGGUUUUUCAAAAUUCCAUUAAACAUCAUUGCAAGGCA